GCCGGUCGGUUCGCCGGCGUCACGCACGGCGGCGAGGACGAGUGUACCGUCCGUCUGAGUCCGCUGCUCAUCGUCCCCUUCAGUCUCUACUCACCGCCGCCAGCGCAGAUGUUGGCCACGUCGACGAACUGCGUGCCUUUGCGGCGCGCAGUCGCUCAGCAAAGAAAGAACCUGCAGAGGGCGUAUCAUGACCUUGUCGCGCUGCCGAAGAAAGGGCCCAUCGUCUCGUACGGCCCGCCUGGACGGAGCGCGACGACGGGCCAUGUCGCUACUGUUUUUGGGUGCACGGGGUUCUUGGGGAGGUACACCGUUGCGAAGCUCGCGAAGGCUGGCACGCAGGUGGUCAUUCCGUACCGCGAGGAGGAUGAGAAGAGGCAUUUGAAGCCCAUGGGCGAUCUUGGCCAGAUCGUUAUGACGGAAUGGGACCUCCGCAGGGACGACCAAAUCGAGGAGUGUCUGAGACAUUCCGACAUCGUCUACAACCUCGUCGGCCGGGAUACGAACCAAGCGGGCGUCCCGCGGUUCGUGCACGUCUCGCACCUGAACGCGGCGCACGACUCGCCGUCCGCGUUCUACAAGUCCAAGGCGCGCGGGGACGACCUCGUCCGCGAGGCGUUUCCCGACGCGACCAUCGUCCGCCCGGCGAUCAUGUUCGGCUACGAGGACAGGCUCCUGAACAACAUGGCUCUCUGGCCAAUCUGGUGGAAGCUCAAUAAUAUGGCGACAAAGAUCCGCCCCGUCCAUGUCUUCGACGUCGCGCAGGCGCUCGCCAACCUCAUCUCCGUGCCCUCGCUCCCGGGCGUGCUCAACCUCCCGGGCCCGUCGACGCUCACGUACGAGUACCUGCUGACGCUCGUCUCGAGCGUGACGUACAACCCCCAUUCGCGCGCGCCCGUCGUGCCGAAGCCCGUCGCGCUCGCGCUCGCCAGGGCCGCGCAGGCGGUGUGGUGGCCCGCGCUGAGCCCGGACGAAGUCGUCGCCGGUACAUCGACGAUGUUGACGUGCCCGGCGACUGGGAAAGUCGGUGUCGUCCCGGAUGAGAUCGAGCAGCAUGCGAUCUCGUACCUCAGGCGGUACCGCUCGGCGGAGAACUUCACCCGGCCGGUUGUUUUCCCCUCUUCGAGGGAUGCCGAGUACGGAUUGUAACGGUGGCGUGGACAUGUGGUCCGUCUCGUAGAAUAUCAUUUGCUUCAAUGAGAGGUGUCGCUUGUCUGGCUUCCACGUCGCACGUCGUACGAGAGCACUCAAUGCAAAGUCGUGAAUUGGUCUGAUUGACAUUGCG